ACGCCCACCAAGUGCUUCACACAGACCGACAGCAUAGCGUAUUGGGAUGCUACGCGUGCCUGUAUGAUCCUGUCUCUGCUCUGCUGCUUCAUCGGUCUCAUCAUCGGCAUCAUGGCCUUCAUCCAGUACUCCUCCUUCGAGCGCUUUGACAAAACCUUCGCUGCAGCCGUCCUCUUCUUCAUCUCAUGCUUCUUCGUGUUCCUGGCCAUGUCGGUGUAUACAGGCGUGACGGUGAACUACUACGGGAAGCGCUAUGGCAACUGGAGAUUCUCCUGGUCAUACAUUAGCGGCUGGGUGGCCAUGGUGCUCACAUUCUUCUCAGGCGUGUUCUACAUGUGUGCGUACCGGAUGCACGAGGGCCAGAGAGGCUCCGCUGGACACUAGAGGAGAAGAGGAGAAUACAGGACACCACCGGACCUCAACCGGACUCCAGCCAGACCUCAACCAGCAGUCAGCCAGCAGUCAGCCAG